UCACCGGCGGGUGUGCAGGAUGUAUCCAUUGAGGUUCGUAGCCGGACCAUUCCACUUCACCGAUGAAAAACCGCGCGCCUCCCGAUCCGCCAAAUACCACGGCCUCUCUUCUUGGUCAUCCUGCCGCAAGUAACGACACCACAGGACAGUCAGCUGGCACGUUUCUGUUCUGUCUGGUUGCUCUUACGUGCAGCGUCUGCCGCGCAGUGACGUGUCUGGGCGAGCGUCUGGCGAGUAGUCCUGUGGCGGGAUGCCGCGAGAUGAACGCAGCGCCGGCAGCUCCCAGAAUGAACAAGUCGAUGAUGAGGCGCAUCGUUCCCAGACAGUUUCCACGCGCCGAGCACGCCUUUGCUGGUCGAGAUUCAUUCAGCGAUGUCCUGCACACACAGUCACACCAGACAAUGGAACCACUCCGUGAAUGAUGAUAUGCUGUGUCAGUGUGUCAACGGAUUGACUGCCUCUCUGUGUGUGUGGCCGUUACGUUGCUUGAAUGCGGGCCAGUCACUGGAGAGCGGUGCGCCCGAUGGGAUGCCGCAGUGAAGGAAGAGGUUUUGUCCAGUCCACUCGACAGAUACGACCGGCAGACACACGUGUGCUGCAGAAACAGACAGAUCUCACUCUUCCUUUACGUAGCGUUGAGGCGGUUGGAUCUCUCACAGAUCAGGCAGGCAGGCAGGCGAGCAUCCCAGGGGUUCGCUGGUUGGCGUUGUCUUCUUUCUUUCUUUCUGUCUACUGAAGUACGUCAUAGCCUCAAGGCCUUCUCACUCUUCCUCCUUUCCUUUUGGUUUGCGAGCUCCUUCGACACACGGCAGCAGGGGCAAAGAUGGAAGAAGAACUGGGGCUCAGGAGCGGAGACGCACGGCUUUGGUUUCUCCAGUAGGAUACAACGAGGGUUUCGAGAGCCGUGGUGUCGCGGAAGCUCGCAGAAAUCGACCAGCCCAUCUCGACGCAGAUGUGACCACACGUCACUCAUGGCCUCCAU